GCCUUUCCCAAAUCUAGCCGCACGACGCACCAACCCCCCCGAGCCCGAGCCAGAGCCAGGCCGCGAGCGAGCGGCUGCGGCACCGCGCACCGGCACCGCCUCGGCACCGCGCACCGGCCGGCGGCGUGCGGGGAGCGUCCCGGGAGGGAGAGGCGCUUCGUUUCUUGGAUGAGCCGUGAGGAAAUUGGGCGCAAGAAGGCGUGAUGUUUACUCCGCAGGGGAAGGGGUGGACUGGGUGGUCGACGCCGGCUCCGGCGAACCAGCGGAGCGGUGGUGGCGCUCCCGCCGCGUCGGCGCCCCUUGGCAAGGGGAAAGGAACUUCUCUGAGGGUUGCUGAACUAGAGCAAGAGUUGCAUGAAUACCAGUACAAUAUGGGGCUGCUCUUGAUUGAGAAAAAGGAAUGGACGGCCAAACUUGAUGAAAUCAGCCAAGCGCUGACACAGAAAGAAGAGAUUUUAAAGCGGGAACAAGCUGCCCAUUUGAAUGCUAUAUCAGAAUAUGAAAGGCGGGAGGAAAGCAUGCGAAAAGCAUUGGGUGUUGAGAAGCAGUGUGUAACUGAUCUUGAAAAGGCACUGCGUGAAAUUCGUGGAGAGAUAGCGGAGGUUAAGUUUAUGUCUGAGAAAAAGAUUACUGAUGCUCAAUCCCUUGAGGCUAGUCUGGAGGAAAAAACCUUGGAGGUUGAGGGUAAGCUUCAUGCUGCAGAUGCGAAGCUUGCAGAGGCAAACCGUAAGAAAUCUCAAGCUGACAGGGAUUUAGAAGAGGUAGAGGCUCGUCAGCGUAGGUUGGAGAAGGAGAAGCUAUACUUUGAAAAUGAGCGGAAGGCAAGGGAGGAGCAGAUCAAGAAGCAGGAGGAGUCAUUACGUGACUGGGAGAAAAAGGCUAAGGAAAGUCAGAAUAGACUUAUUGAUUUGCAGAGGUCCCUAAACGAUCAAGUGGAGAGAGCAAACGAGAAUGACAAACUUUUCAAGGUAAAACAGGCGGAGCUGGAGGAAGCAAAAAAGACUCUGGAGCAUACUAAAGCUACACUGAAAAUCAAAGAGGACGAUAUUAACAAAAGACUAGAUGAAUUGCAUUUACAAGAAAAGGAAGCUGGAUCAAAGCAAAAUAAAUUAGAAGAAAGAGAGAAACAUUUAGCUGAAAGAGAAGAAAAAGUCAGUGCAAGGGAAAAAGUUGGGCUUCAGAAGCUUCUUGAAGAUCAUAAUGCAAAGCUUGAAUCAAAAGGACGGGAUUUUGAAUUACAAUUGGAGAAUGAGAGGAAAUCAUUUGAUGAAAUUUUGAUACAGAAGGAAGCUGAUUUGGUGCAGAGGGAAAAGGAUAUCAGAUCUUGGGAUGACAAACUUUCUAAAAAUGAGCAAGCACUAAAUGAAAGUAAGAAAAAAUUGGAAGAAUGGCAAAAUGAUCUUGAUACCAAAUCGAAAGCUCUGAAGAAGUGGGAGGAAUCACUACAAAAUGAUGAGAGACAGCUGUCGGAACAGAAGCUGCAAAUGGAAAAUGAAAGAAAGCAGGCUGAGAUGUACAAAUUGGAACUUGAGAGUUUGAAAGCCACAGUGGUUGCCGAAAAGGAGAAAAUAUUGCAAGAGCAGAACAAUCUGAAAAUUACAGAGGAAGAGAGGCAAGAGCACAUCAUUCUUACGGCACAACUGAAGAAGGAGAUUGACGAAUACAGAAUGCGAAGCAACUCUCUUUCUGAGGAAACUGAUGAUUUGAGGAAGCAACGUCAGAAAUUUGAAGAAGAGUGGGAGCAGCUUGAUGAAAAAAGAACUCGAUUGGGAGAGGAAACGAAGAAACUGAACAAUGAAAAGAAGAAUCUAGAAAGGUGGCAUGAAAAUGAAGAAAAAAGGUUGAAAGAUAAAGAGGACGAAUUGGACAGAAAAUACAAGGAGCAGGAGGAAAAUCUUGCACUUAAGGAAAAAUCUUUGAUGGACACUAUACACCAUCAGAGCGUGGAAAAUGAGGAAUUUCUAAAGAGAGAACGUGCUGAUCUUCAGCGUAAUUUGCAGCUGCAUCGGCAUGAAUUGGAGAUGGAGAUGGAGAAAAAACAAGCGAGUAAAGAGAGAGAACUUGAAGAGAAGGAGAAUGAGUUAAAUGGGAAGAUAGACUUUGUAGAAAAUGAGCUCAAACGUGCAGUCGAAUUGAAUGAAUCAAAGAUUCAGAAGAUACUAUUGGAGAAAAAAGAGCUGCAGAGGGAAAAGGAAGUUCUUGUGGAGGACAGGCAAAAACUGGAAACUGACAAGGUAGACAUUAGAAGGGACAUUGAUAGCCUUAAUACGCUCAGCAAGAGUCUGAAAGAGCGUAGAGAAGCAUAUAACAGGGACAGGAGUCACCUCAUUGAUAUGUUUGAAAAGUACAAGGUGUGCAAAAACUGUGGGGUUACUAUUUUUGAGGGCCUAGAUGCCCUAGCUCUUAAAGACAGCCCUGAUAUAGAAUAUCCUAGUUUGGCUGUGGAGGCAGAUGAUCGAUCCCCCAACCCUGACAGUGUAGCUCAAGACACUGGAACACUUGUUAAUUCAGGUGGCCGUUUAUCAUUGUUGCAGAAGUGUUCAAGGAUUUUCAAGUUUUCUCCUAGGAAGAAGGCUGAUCAAUCAUUAGAGAAGAACACGGACUUUGGUACAAGACUAGAGGAAGCAUCACAGGACGAUGAUGAUUAUGAGCCAACUCCUGUCUAUCAGGUAGCAAAUGAUUCAUUUAAUGCUGAGGAUGUCCCAUCUGAAAGUGGGGCAUUGGAGAACGAAGAAUCUGAAAGGCAAGAUAUAGCAGAUGAUGUCCAGAUGGAAUCUUCUCUUGGAGUUGCAGAUAAUGGUGUAGAUAUUCAUGGAAACCAGUCAUUUGAUGGCAACACGGACAUGGCAGUGGACACAACUAUUGCCACUGUUGACGAAAAUGGGAAUGGCUCAUCAGUUCUCCCUGAAGUUGAUUUGGAGCCCGAAACAUCAAAACAAGGACGCAGGCAACAAAACAGGAGGGGUAGAUCAAAAGGUGGAGUAAAACGGACACGAUCAGUUCUUGCAGUAGUUGAAGAUGCUAAAGGUAUACUUGGUGAUAAUUUGGAGGUAAAGAAUGAUGGUCAGGAAGAUUCAGUGGCUGAGGGUGGUACACGGAAGCGGCGCUUUGCUGCAGCCACAAUCAGUGAACAAGAUGAGGAUAGUGAAGCUCAUUCUGAAAGUGUUUCACUUGGAGGGCAGCGCCGAAAGAGGCGCCAAACUGCUACAGCAGUGACACAAGCCCCAGGAGAAAAACGCUACAACCUCAGACGCACUACAGUUGCAAAUGCGGCAACGGCAGCCCAAACCAACAAAAGGAAAGCUGCGAAGACAGGAAAUAAACAGACAGUAGAGGCUACUAUAGAUGACACAGAAGGUACAUCGAAGGCUGAGGAACCUGCCGUUGAGAGCAAGGGGACCUCCCAAUCAGUGGAUGAUGCAUCUCAAUUACCCGACUCUCUGGCUGAAGCUGGUGACACCCAUGGCCCUGCAGAGGUCACUGGUGCUGAGGGGGGAGAUAUUAUGGACGGUAUUGACACAUUACCAGAUGCGGUGCCUAUGACACCAUCAGGAAGUGAGCUUGGAGCUGAGCAGGAUGAUGAUGAUGACGAGGAUUCUGAAAGGCGGAACCAAUCAAUUGGGAAAAAGCUAUGGUCUUUCUUCACUACAUGACAACCGCAGAGGCUACUGAAAUAGGUUAUUUCUAGCGUUUCUGUUUUCGAUUCAUGACAUGCCAUUCUUGGAACUCUAGGUUGUGUGUUUGGUUGGAUGAUGUACUAGUAGAUUUUCCACUUCAAUUAUUAUGUGCUCCCCUGUAAUUGAAAUAUAUUUGUAGUAGACAUAGAUUUGAUGGGGCGCUCACAGAAGUUAGCUUUUGAGAAUGUACAAUGGCGCGAUGCCUGUAACAGUCAAGGGUUGAGGCUUGUAAUUGUUGUUCCUUUUGUUCCAGGAUCAGUUUACGUGCAAAGUUUGUGGCAUUUGUCAACGCGGGAAACAUUUUUCACCUCCA